GAGAUCAGCUGUGCUUCUCUGGCCUCAGCUCUGAAGUCCAACCCCUCCCAUCUGAGACACCUGGACCUGAGUGCAAACAGGGACCUGCAGGAUUCAGGAGUGAAGGAUCUGUGUGGUUUUCUGCAGAGUCCAGACUGUGGACUGGAGACUCUGAGGUUGAGUUCCUGCAGUUUGUCAGAGAUCAGCUGUGCUUCUCUGGCCUCAGCUCUGAAGUCCAACCCCUCCCAUCUGAGACACCUGGACCUGAGUGGAAACGACUUGCAGGAUUCAGGAGUGAAGGAUCUGUGUGGUUUUCUGCAGAGUCCAGACUGUGGACUGGAGACUCUGAGGUUGAGGGGCUGCAGUUUGUCAGAGAUCAGCUGUGCUUCUCUGGCCUCAGCUCUGAAGUCCAACCCCUCCCAUCUGAGACACCUGGACCUGAGUGGAAACAACCUGCAGGAUUCAGGAGUGAAGCAUCUGUGUGGUUUUCUGCAGAGUCCAGACUGUGGACUGGAGACUCUGAGUUUGAGUUGGUGCAGUUUGUCAGAGAUCAGCUGUGCUUCUCUGGCCUCAGCUCUGAAGUCCAACCCCUCCCAUCUGAGAGACCUGGACCUGAGUGUAAACUACCUGCAGGAUUCAGGAGUGAAUCAUCUGUCUGAUCUUGUGCAGAGUCCAGACUGUGGACUGGAGACUUUCAAGUCCAGGAUUUUUCUCCCCUUCCUGGCCCUGUGCUGGCACAGCCCCCAGCGAAUGGCCGGUGGCAAGUGCACCCGUCUCCCCAGUCACCGGCUCAUCUGUGUGGUGCCCCAAGGUCGAGGCAGUGCCCAACGGGAGUCCUGCCGAGGUGUUUUGGGUGGGUUCAGAAUGGGUCAUUCGGUCAUGCAGCAACAGGCUCUGUCCUAA